AUGGAUUCUUCAGAGCAAUCAACUCUGCGGGAACAAACUUCGGGGAAACUUAGUAAGGAAGGAAUAUCAUAUAAAUUUUGGCAAGAAUUUCAACAGGAGCGUGAAGAAAUACAAAAUUCAAUCAAUGAUCUUUCUACAAAACCAAAAUCAUCAAUCCCAAAAUUAUGUGAAGAAAUACUAGUUCGAAUUAAUACAUUAGAAAGAAAAGCUACUGAUGCUACAAUUUAUUUGCCUGGUUAUGAUCAAAGACAAUUGAUUUUGGUACCAUUGGUUAGAGAAUUAAAUACGAAAAGGUCAGAAGUAGCACCAAAAAGUAAAUUUACGUUUAAAUCAAGAAAACCUGCUUUUACAAACGGAAGUGAAGAGAAAGUAAUCAAUACGGAAGAGAGAAAUACUUCAACUACGAUAAUUUCCAACAACACUUCUUCGAUUUUCAACGAAAAUUUUCAAAUAGUCACAUUAAACGAUAAACAAAAUUCUUAUUUAACAAUAAAUUCCUAUUUGUCCCCUCCAAAUGAUUCAAAAAAGAUAAUUGAUUUUCAUAUUUCAAAUUUACAACAUUGUUUUAUUAAUCUCGUAUGUACAAAUGUUAUCAUAGGUGCUAUACAUAUUAAAGGUUUAAAAGAUUGUGUGAUUAUUUCUGGUCCUGUUGGAAGUUCGAUUUUAAUUAAUGAUUGUGAAAAUUGUGUUCUUGUUGUAGCUUGUCAUCAGUUUCGAAUGCAUACUUCAAAACAAAUGAAUAUAUAUCUUCAUGUAACAAGUUAUCCCAUUAUUGAAGAUUGUAAUAUCAUAAAAUUUGCUCCAUACACUUUAUCAAUUCCUGGGUUAGACAAAAUGUUUGAGGCUGCUAAAUUGGAUCCAAAUAAUAAUAAAUAUAAUAAAGUAGAAGACUUUAAUUGGUUAAGACAACAAGCAUCACCAAAUUGGAAUUUAUUAGAUGAAAAAUGUUUAAGAAAAGAUUGGCCUUUAAUAAGUGGUGAUGAAAGAGAGAGAGCUGUUAGUGAAGAUGAAUUGAAAAAUACUUUAAAUAAAAUUUUAGAGAAUAAAUAA